AUGGCUGUUCCCCGCCGCUUUGUCUGUAAAACAUGCAAUAGAUCAUUUCUGAAACCCCGAGGACUUGCUUUUCAUGAAGCUAGAACGCACUUGUACCCAAGACCCGAGCCUCCUCAUUCUACUUUCCAUUACCAUGCUGACUUGAAUGCUCAACCUUGCAACGAAGACAGAGAGUAUCUGCCCAACUACAUUCAGCCCCCUGGUCGUGAACUGCCCGGAAUUGACAACUGGUUCCCAUUCGACAGCCGCCCAUCAUUCCAGUUUGCCGAGCUCAUAUUCAAGAAAGUCCAGAUGUCCGCAGGAAACAUAGAUGAGCUGCUGGAAAUAUGGGCAGCUCAUAACACCUUAUCAGGCUCCAACAACACUGUGUUCAAAGAUGCAAAGGAUCUGUAUAGCACCUUGGAUUCAAUUCCCUAUGGUGACGCGCCGUGGAGCUCUUUCACCGUACACUACACAGGUGAACUCCCUCCCGAUGCCCCAUCAUGGAAGCGAGCGGAGUACACGGUCUAUUGUCGGGAUGCUCGGACCAUCGCCCACAAUAUACUUGACAACCCCGGCUUUGAUGGAAAGUUCGACUACAUACCGUUCGAAGAGUACACUGGGCCAGGGAAGCGGCAAUACUCGAACCUGAUUUCUGGGCGGUGGGCACACCGGAAAGCAACGCACAUCGCCCAAGACCCAGCUACUCACGGGGCUAUGUUCGUGCCCGUUCUCCUUGGGGCGGACAAGACAACCGUGUCGGUCGCUACCGGCAACAACGAAUUCCAUCCUGUUUACAUGUCACUGGGUAAUCUACACAACUCUGUACGCCAAGCACACCGGGAUGCAAUACUGCCAAUUGCCUUCCUCUCUAUUCCGAAAGCUGCGCGUGAGCAAGAUGAUACAGACGAGUUCCGACUCUUCAAGAAGCAGCUGUACCACGCGUCGUUGGCGCACAUCAUGUCACUGCUGAAGGCUGCAAUGACUACCCCGGAGGUUGUGCGUUGUCCCGACACACACUUCCGGUGUGCUAUCUAUGAACUGGGUCCGUUCUUGGCCGACUACCCGGAGCAGGUACUUCUGGCAGGGGUUGUCUCGAACUGGUGUCCUAUAUGUGAUGCUCUACCUGAAGACCUUGGGACAUGCGGAGAACCGCGUUGUCAGGAACACAUGCACUUCCUCCUAGAGCGCUUUGAUCCUGGGGUCAUCUGGACAACCUGGGGACUCGACGUGAACGUGAUUGCAUUUACGAGCCACUUUCCUCGAGCAGACAUCCACGAGCUCAUAACACCUGACCUUCUGCAUCAACUCAUCAAGGGGACGUUCAAGGACCACCUCGUCACAUGGGUGGAGCAUUAUCUACACGCGGUACAUCCGACAUCAUUGGCCGAGAAGAUAAUGGAUGAUAUUGAUCGAAGAUGCGCUGUCUAUCUACCUGCAAUAACUGGACAUGUGCCAGAUGAAAUGGUAAAAUGUUUUGCGGCUCUGCUCGACUUCUGCUACCUAGCCCGGCGGUCAGCGCACAACGAUGAUACCCUUGCUGCGAUGCAGAAGUCCCUGGACCGAAACUUUGGCUCUCCAAAUGGAGUCUGUACGUCCAUCACCGAGUCGAAGCACAUCCGUGCGGUCAAAGAACCCUGGCGCCGAUCGAGUAGGAAUAAUCCGCUGGGGCAAAUGCUUGUCACUAAUCAGCGGCUCGACAAGUUAGCUGCAAUGCGCCCGGUGCUUGAGGGCUCCGGGAUGCUGAAAGGGUCCGUUCUUGCCAACGCAAUGCUCGAUAUGGGCUUGCUGAAUCCCCAGGACUUGAAUGAAGAACAUAUUCGAAACAAUGACAGUGUAGAUGGUGACAACGUGGAUGUCCAUGAUGUGGACGGACCGGCGGUGAUGUCGUAUGUGGAACUUGGGAAGAAGCCAGCAUAUUCACAGAGCUUGCAGUCCCUCGCAAAUGAGCUCAACAAACCAGAUCUCGAAUUCCUCAUCCGGCGGUUUGUCUUCGAGCAACUGCAAGAUGCUGCCAUUCCACACGACAGCGGCGACAUCAAUGUGGAUGAUCUGCCAUCCGUGGAUGACCGAGUUCGUGUCUACCGGUCCGCUAGCGCAACCUUCUUCGCCCCUAGUGAGCUCGCUGGCGACAGGGGAAUGCAUCGCGAAUUUGAUACUGUGCUCAUUUCUCUCGAUCCCGAGCAGGAUGGGAUGAAAGGUAUGGUAAUCGGGCGCGUUCUCAGAUUCCUUUCGGUCCGUUACAAGCGCACUCGACCUGACCCUGUGACGGGUAUGUGGGUUGUCAAGCCGGAGAUGACUGCUAGGGGACGUUCUCUAGGCAUUAUUCACAUUGAUUCCAUCGUUCGUGCGGUACAUCUCAUAGGGGUCUAUGGUGAUACCUAG